AUGAGAAUAUAUAACGAGAACUCUGAGAGCUCCUCCUCAAAUGCUGCUAAAUUAGAAAAUUCCGAUACAACUGGAUAUUCUAAAGAAGCUUCUUCAACAAUAAGACAGCGUCGUCGUCCUUCUUUUAAUAAUAUUUCGGCAUCUAAAGGAACGUCAAAAAACAAUGAUGGCAGGUCGCAAAAUAAUAAACAAUUAACAUACUAUUUGGUGGCGUUGUUUGUUUUCUUAUUGUUACUUAUAAAAAUGCGAUCUGGACAAAAUAUUUCUCAAGUUGAGGAAGGGCUCAACUUUGAAAGUAUAACCAAGAUAUUUAAUUCUGGUUCUGAGAAAUUAUCGUCUCUUGCAAUUCCAGGCACAGUAUUUGCAUAA